AUGCAGGAGCCAGCCAGCGCGUUACUGGCCGUCCACCCGCACCCGCCAGCUCGUCCGCACAAGGCAGGCCCUAGCGACCGCCACCCCGUGGGCAGCGACGGGGCCAAUGACGGCAUCGCGCCACUGAAGCGUAGGAAGGAGGUGCGCGCAGUUUGCACAUUCGCGCAACAAUGCCUGAAUGCUAUCGACGCGACCGGCGAUGAGGUGUGGCUUCCUGAAGGGGAAUGCCAGUCGGCCGUGCCGUACCAUGUUGCCCAGAGGCCAGCAUGGGCCGAAGAUAGCAGCAUCUACGACUACCGACCGCAAGUGCUCCGUACAUACAUAUGCCAGCCGGCCAGGCCAGGCCAGGCCAGGCCAAGCCAGUGCGAGCCUGGCGUCGGCAUCAUCAUCGUCAUACAUCUCGGCCGUUGCGGCAACGGCGUCGACGCAGAUUCAAAAGAGGCCACGUGCCAGGAGCUGGCGCGGCUACAAUACACGAUAGACGACGAGUUGGCUCGGCGUAUCGUUGUGGCCUGCGGACAAAAGGGCUGGCGGCAGAGAGGACGACGGUUGAGCCGCUCAGAAUAG